AUGGUGACUGCUUUAUCGUAUUUACCUACAGAACUUGUACAAAGAAUAUUUGAGUUCACUGUGGCGGAAGCGGGUUCACAGUAUUGGCUGUACAAUUUGGUGAAUUUAAUCGAAUUUUCAGUCUGUUCGACAGGUGGAGGCUCUAUAACAGAAAACUUCUUAACAAGUUAUGUCAAGAAGAAUUUGAUAGUUUUGGACUUGACGUGUGAGGUUACACAAAACUCAAUUUUACAAAUGGAGUACGGGUUCCUGAGAAGAUUCUUGCCGUACAUCGAUAUGAACGCCCAGUAUAUCAGAGCUGCUGAUUUGAAGACCGAUACUGACCAAACCAGGAUUUUGGAGGUUGAGAAACUUAUCGUUGUAUUUGAUGAAUUCUCCGAUUUGAAGGUCAUAGAAACAUUUUUACCUUUGGCUGAUUCUACUUCAAAAAUAAUGGAAUUCGUAUUUUGCAUUAGCGAUAUAAAGAGUUCGUUUUAUUCGCCUAUGGAAAAACUGCAUGCUGCAAACAUUGUGGCAGAUAUUGAUAUUAACACAUUGUAUCUAGACUUUCUGAAUACGAAUGUCUACUCGGAUCAAAAUUUCUUUGGAGUUUUUAAUCCCGAUAUUUUCCAGCUUAUCAAUAAAGACUAUAGAAACUUUUUUUCAAAAACUGGGCAAGAAGGGAAAGGAAGACCUCCAAUUUGUAAGAAAAUCUGUUUCCCUCUCGUUGAAACUUUGAAUUUGGACUACAUGGCCCUUGAUUCAUUUUUUAAUUCAAUAUUACGUACACUAACAACUAAGAUAAAAAAAUUUGAAAGAAACAAUGAGUUUGAUGUGGAUAAAAAUCUAAACCUAAAUUCAACAACAACAGUGGCAACUUUAAUCAUCAAGUCAAUCUUGCGACAAUUUUUCAACGAUUUUCACAUUAAUUUUCCUAAUUUAGUUGCUUUGAAUUUUAUUAAGACAUCUACUCACCCAAACAGUAAUAAGGUUACUCAAUGUUGUAACUUUAUAGAUUUAUCAUCAUAUGUCUUGAACAAAUGUCUAAGCGAGAAUAUUUCGAUAAAUUUCCUCUUCCAACUACACUCUUUGAAAAAUUGGUUGGUACCCAAAAUCAAAGAAUUCACUGGACAUAAAUUCAAGUAUGACGAAACAACCUUUUCUGGUUCACCAGAAAGGUAUAUCAAGUCAUUGAGGGGAAAUCUCAAAAUUUUACAGGAAAUGGCAAUUAACGAAACUAACGAUGGCACUUGUUAUUUUAGGGUGAAGUUGAUACCCGAGGGUGUGGAGAAAACUCAGAUUAUCAACUGGAUUCCCUACGCCUCUUCAUUUAACGAUGAAACUGCCAAACAAAAACAUCAUCUAAAAAGACCAAUGAUUUGCCUGAAAAAUAACUCAUUAAAAUCGCUAACCAUCAAAAUUAUACGUAUUGAAAAAUGUUCCUCCAUUCGAAUCCAGGGGUUUUACUUACCAAAGCUAAAUGAAUUGUUCGUAAACAAUACGCUUUGCGAUGCCACUCAACACCAGAAAGAAGAAUCAAAUGAUAUGAGUUGUAUAGAGUUCACAUCAUGGAACGAAUUACCACAAUGCGAAAAAUUGGGGUUCGCUCCACUUGAAGACGACUCCAAUUACGUUCUGAAUAUCAUUAAUUUACAAAACCAUUUACCGAAUUUGAAUUUGCGGGAGAGUUUUCCAACUUUUUUCGAUGAAAGACAAAAAUUCGUUGUUGUAUGA